AUGAAGCAAGAUGAGGCAACCACCUCAAAUGGCGAGGUUCACCCAGGGCAGCAGAACCCCAAUGACAAUAUAUAUGGUAUAUCAGUCAUUUUUUUAAUGAGCAUUUUUGGACUUUGGUGGAAUGGUACUGUUAUCUGGCUGCUUGGCUUCUGCCUUAAGAGGACUCCUUUCACCACUUACAUCCUGAACCUGUCCAUGGCUGACUUUGGUUUACUCACAGUUGUGUUUGUUAAAGCAAUAUGUUUGAUAGUGGUAGGAAGCUUCUUCACAUACCUUGCAGAUGCCAUACUUUUUUUGAUUUUCCUAUUUAUGUACGCCACUGGUCAAUUUCUACUGACAGCCAUCAGCAUUGAUAGGUGUGUGGCUGUCCUCUUCCCACUUUGGCAUCGAUGCCACCGACCAACAAACAUGUCCACCACUGUGUGUGCCUCAAUAUGGGUGCUUUCUUCUAUUUCCCCUGCAAUUGACUUCACUCUCCUUCUGGCUGAUUUAAAUGUAAUUAGAACACUGAGCAUUCAGCUUAUUGUGAAUGGCUUCCUUUGCCUCCCACUCAUGACUAUCUCCACUCUCAUCCUUUUCGUCAAGGUCUGCUUUAAAUCGCACCAGAGGAGGAGGGGGAAACUUCUAAUUAUAGUCCUGCUUGCUCUCUUCUUCUUCAUCAUUUUUUCUUUUCCACUUAAUGUCCUUGCCAUCACUUUUUAUAUUCUUCAUUCAAAUCCUCCUUCUUUCUUACAAUAUGCCAUCCUUUAUGCCUGUCUGAAUAGCUGUAUUAACCCUUUGAUUUAUUUCCUGGUUGGAAGACAGAAAAAAGGCAGACUAAGAAGGAACAUGAAAGCCAUACUCCAGAAUGCUUUCAAGGAAGAGGAAAACCUCAAAGAGGUAGUGGAUGCACCUGUGGAAACUCAGUUAUGUUAG